AAUACAAAAGAAUCGAUUCUUUAAAAGAUCGAUUCAAAAUUGUCAAUCCCCACUGAGCCGUAUCACCGUUGUUUACAAGCUCGCGCACGGCAACGUCAAAGAUGGCGGUGGAAGCGAGGAAUGCGUCGGGCGGAGAGACCACGUGCGCGUGAAUACAGACAGGACGCGGGACGCCACGAGCCCGAGGUGUUGCUUGCCGUACGGACGAUCCGUCUGAGAACAAAACGCGAAUCAUUCGAUCCGUGACACGCGCAUCCGGACUGAAUCGGACGCAUUUGUUCGAGCGGUCUGCCAAAGGAUCUCGCGCCUGCGAUUCGAUGACUCAUCCCUUCGCGAUCGAGUAAUGAUGGUUCCGUAAGAAGAAACGUAAUCGAGACGAAAAGAGCCGUUCAAGUACAGGCAAGCAUGAACGUCUUUAAGGAUCUUCACGACGAGCCUCCUUUGUUACAAGCCAUUUUCCAUGGAAAUGUGGAAGCAGUUCGUACAUUACUAUCACAAAAGGAAGAUGUCAAUUGGCAAGACAAAGAGCAACGUUCUCUUUUACAUGCAGCUGCAUAUAGGGGAGACACUGCUAUUGUAGAACUUCUCUUGUUAAAUGGUGCAGCAGCCAACAGCAAAGAUAAGAAAUGGUUGACUCCUUUACAUAGAGCCUGCUGUUCAGGCAAUUAUAAUGUAGUAGAUAUUUUGUUGAGAUACAAAGUUGAUGUUAAUGUCCGAGACCGUAGCUGGCAAACACCUCUUCACAUUGCAGCAGCAAAUAAUGCUGUGCAAUGUGUAGAACUAUUGAUGCCGCAUUUGUUAAAUAUCAAUGUUACAGACAGAGGUGGAAAAACAUGUCUUCAUCAUGCAGCAUAUAAUGGACACCUUGAGAUGUGUGAAUAUCUAAUACAAUUUGGUUGUGUGGUAAAUGCCUCUGAUAAGAAAGAUCGAAGAGCCUUGCAUUUUGCAGCAUACAAGAGCCACAACGAGAUUGUAAAGGUGUUAAUAGCAAAAGGCGCUGACGUGGACGUUAAAGAUCGAGAUUUGUAUACUCCAUUACAUGCAGCAGCCGCUUCUGGUAAUGUGGAAUGUGUGCAUAUUUUAAUCGAAGCUGGUGCGGAUAUUGAGGCAAAAAACGUCUAUGGAAAUACACCUUUGCAUAUCGCGUGCUUAAACGGAUAUCAUCUCGUGAUCAAAGAACUCAUCGCUAAUCAUGUCAAUUUAGAGGCUGUGAAUUAUCGAGGACAGACUGCAUUGCACGUCGCCGCUGCCAGCGUACAUGGUGUUCAGUGUUUCAAGAUGCUGAUAUACAAUGGAUUGAAAGUUAAUGUUCAAUCAGAAGACGGUCGUACACCGUUGCAUAUGACUGCGAUCCAUGGCAGAUUCACAAGAUCAAAAACGCUAUUAGAUGCAGGAGCGUUUCCAGAUGCAAGAGACAAAAAUGGGAAUACGGCAUUACAUAUUGCCGCCUGGUUUGGUUUUGAAUGUUUAACGACAUCUUUACUGGAGAGUGCUGCGUCUCCAGCUACACGUAACGCACAACAGCGUACGCCUUUGCAUCUAAGUUGCCUAGCAGGACAUAUAGAAGUUUGUAGAAAAUUAUUGCAGCUUGAUAGCAGACGAAUUGAUGCGCGGGAUAUCGGUGGCAGAACAGCUUUACAUUUGGCAGCAUUUAAAGGAUCUGUGGAUUGCUUGGAUUUGCUCUUAUCCAGCGGUGCCAAUUUCCGUCUUGUCGAUAACGACAAUCGAUUAGCCCUUCAUCAUGCUGCAUGCCAAGGACAUUAUCCUUGCGUCUUCACUUUAGUCGGGUUUGGUAGCGAUUCAAAUGCUCAAGACGUGAAUGGCGCGACGCCGUUACAUCUGGCUGCAGCAGCGUCAAAUUCUAAUGCUGAAUCCUAUAAAUGCGUGCAAUAUCUGCUACAGCAUCGGGCAGAUCCGUGUUUACGCGAUAAACGCGGUUUUACUGCUAUUCACUACGCGGUAGCAGGCGGCAAUAAAGCGGCAUUGGAAGCAUUGUUGAACGCAUCGUCACCAUCUUCGGAUUUAACAGCUUCACUUAUUUCUUCGGUCGGACAGGAACCGUCUCUGCCAUCACUCACGCCGAUACAUCUCGCGGCGUAUCAUGGUCACGAUGAGAUCUUACAGUUGCUCCUACCUUUGUUCCCUAAUACAAAUAUCAAAGAAGAUAGUGGGAAGACACCGCUAGAUUUGGCUGCCUAUAAAGGACAUAAACAAUGCAUCGUACUCCUGUUGCGUUUUGGCGCCUCUGUGGCAGUGCAAGAUUUUGUCACGAAACGAACGCCUGUGCAUUGUGCCGCCGCGACGGGUCACGCGGAUUGUCUCGCCCUUCUUCUACAGAACAUGGAUGAUCCUAAUGUGGUGAAUUGCUACGAUUCCAAAUUACGCACAGCUUUGACGUUGGCAGUGGCGAACAAUCACCCGGAGUGUGCGAUGCUGCUGCUGACGUAUAAGGCUGAUUGCAAUCUACCAGACGUUAAUAAACAUACACCGCUGUUUCGCGCGGUAAUUAACGAACGCGAUAACCAGUUAGUAAAACUACUGUUAAAACAUGGCGCGCAAGUGGCUGUGCAAGAUGUAAACGGAAAAACACCAUUACACUUAGCGGCAGCUUGUGGCAGAUUGUAUGCUUUAGCGGCACUCGUUAAAGCCGAUCCGACCACAGCGGCUUUGAAAGACGAUCAAGGAUGUACGGUGCUCCAUUGGGCGUGUUACAAUGGCAAUUCAAACUGCGUGGAGUAUCUUUUGAAUCAUAAUGUGUUUGAUUCCUUGGAAGGUAAUCCAUUCUCUGCUGUACAUUGUGCCGUAUAUCAAGGAUCCGCGCCCUGCUUAGAUUUGUUGAUCAAUAAGUUUGGCGGACAAGCAGUUGCUGCCCCGAGGGAUUCAUCAUGUGGAUUACUACCACUGCAUGUUGCAGCGAGUGCAGGAUCCGUUGAGUGCGCGCGAUUAAUUCUAAACUCCGUCGGGCCGGAACUAGCUGGGCUCGAAACAACCGACUAUUUUGGACGGACACCACUUCUUUGCGCGGCCGUUAAUGGACAGUGCAAUGCUAUUGAAUUACUGCUUGAAUGGAAAGCCAAUGUACGCGCUGUCGACUCUAAUAAAAACACAGCAUUACACCUGGCAUGCCAGAGACGUCAUUCCGCUGCGGCGUCAUUGCUCUUAAAUUGGAUCGAGUCUCUCGGUAACUCUGACACUGAUAAGAACGCAUCACAGUCACAACGCGUUUCCGUUAUUAAUAUGAUCAACAAACAGCAGAGAACACCACUACAUCUGGCAGCAAGAAAUGGUCUUGUGACAAUCACGCGACGAUUAUUACAAUUGGGUGCAAGUGUCAUAGCUGUCGAUGCCGAAGGACUUACGCCUGCAUUAGCCUGUGCUCCAAAUCCAGCAGUGGCUAAGUGUUUAGCCACCAUUCUCGCUGCGCAAGGUCAAAAUGGAGAAACUGCACAAUACUCGCCGGUUAUCCAGCAUACAUUGGAGGUAUAUUUGAAUGGCGUAGACUCGCAACACAGUUCCGAUUCAGAGUUUUACUGACAGCGAGCGUCAGUACGCUCGACUCGUCAAGCGUUUCAAGUGAUGAACUCAAGAUGCGGUAACAUCGACGCUACUAGACUGAUCUGCUAUGGGCUCUUUUCCAUUCUAGCGUAAUUAGUCUUCAAAUUCCGAUAAACUGGAUGAAAUUGCUGCAUCGGCGAAGAUCUCCUUUAGUGACUAGAUUCAUAAGUCAACAAUUGUGACAAUACCGACGUCUGUGCUAUUGAGAACUCAAUAGAGCAACUAAUCGACUGCCAAGAGGGAUACGGCUAUACGUAUGUAUCUUACCAGAGUUAAUUAACAUGUUCAUUGUCCGGAUAUGUACUCUUUAUUUACGUCUAAAAAAGUGUGCUAUAAAUGUCUUUUAAUCAUUUACUCUAAAAUAAUGUUAUAAAGGUGCAUGAUUCAAUGCGAUCAAUUAGUAAUUGGUGGAUAGGUGGAUAAGUUCAAACUUGAUCCUUAUUCUAUAUUUACAAGAUAAUCUCGCAAUUUUUUAGAGUUUCUUGUGAAAACUUAUAAAAAGAUUAAAAGGAUUCGUGUAUAAAGCACUUGAUUAAGAGGUGAAAGGAAAAUUAAGAACAGAAAUCCUCAAUUAAGACUCGAGACAAAAUUAAAUAAAUUUGUACAUAUCUGAAUAGAUAGGUUGAAAGCAUGAUAAAGAGUAAAAAUUACUGCUCUCAGUGAUGCCAGAAAUGGGACGCCGUAAAGUUAGUUGCAAGUACUACAUACUAAAGAGGCCUUAUAUGUACAUACAUACAUAUGUGUAUAUACGUAUGCAUGUAGCUCUUCUAUAGUGUAUGUAACAUAUUAAACCUACAACCAACUUCGGCUAUGUUCUCAUUUCUCGUCUCAUUUCUGGCAUCAAUGUCGUGCAGUGAGGUUCUGCAAAAAAAA